GCAAGACUGAGCAACUGCUUCUCAGAGAGAAGAGCCAUCACUAUCUGAAGGCAUUCUAAGCUUAUCAUCAAGACCAGAUCUAAAGGAGAGCCAUGAGCCCUGAAAUAGGUAAAGUGGAGGUGAGGAAGGCUGCCAGCAAGGCCCCCAUCCGUGCCACCGCUGGGCCGUCCACCUCAGGCCCCCCCAAGUUCAAACAGAGGAACACACGCCAAUUCAAGAGCAAGCCCCCAAAGAGAGGAGUCAUUGGGUUUGGCGAGGAUAUUCCUGGAAUGGAGGCCUUAGGCAUGGACUUCAAUACCAUCUGUCCAUGGGAGGCUUACAGCCACCUGGAGUUGCAUGAGCUAGUGCAGUACGGGAUCAUUUGAGAGUAGCCCCUACCACCCCUGCCCUACACACCCCUGCACAAAGUCUGGCAUUACCCUACCAUCACACACUUCCUUACACAUCACACUUAAUGUCUGCAGUAAUGUUGUGUUUUGGUCCUCAGAAGUCUCAUACUAAUCUGCCCCCCCACCCACACCUACCUCUAUACAAGGGGAAUUCAUUUACUCUCUUUCCCAUACAUAAACCAGUAACUAAUUGUUUUAGAUUGUUUUAGAGGUGCUUUCAACUCACAGCUAACAUGAGAGUUUUUCCACAGUAGUUUAUUUCUCCUUGUUGAUGCCUUGCUCCCUUUUCAGCAUUUUUGGGGUAUGAGCUCAGACUGAGAACACGUUGUUCACUGGCCCUCUAACUGUUUGGCAUUUUCAGCCGUAAUGAUGUUUGAUUUAUGUCAGUAAACAUUUUUAUAUCUGAAUACACUUCACAUGUGCCACUUCUGAAGGAUCGGCUUGCACUAAUUACAUGUGAAGUUGACUCUAACAGUCUCACCAUCUUAGAAUUACGUAGGUCUGCCCAGGGCAACACUUAGUCCAUGCUUUCCUUUUUGUACCACAGACUUUGCUCUGUUUAGAUGCAUUGCAGACCUUCGAGCUGCCAUGUUUUUGUCUCGUCCACGCUGUGUCCAAUGUUGUGGCUGUCCUCGGAGACUGGCCAUCAGGUGGAGUACAGCCUGGGAGCAGCUCGCCGUUUGGGGCUCAUAGCUCGGCUCAGGCUGUCAGCCUUAAAACGCCUGUAUGUGUGUGUAGGUGGAUGAGGAGGGGCACCAGAGAGACACAUUCUGAGUGCACUGAUGUUGUCUAUGGUUUGAUAUGUCUGUCUAGCUUGCACAGUCCUGUGAGCACUGGAA